ACGGGUUAUAUUGUUGCUAAUACAGAAGCGACGAGGUCAGAGAUUGUUUUAUGGAAACAAAUAUCAAACCACAGAGUUUUGUAAACAUCGAUGCAUUUCAAUCGUUUCUAAUUUGGCCAAGCCACGCAUUCAAGCAGAGAGAUCGUGAAAGAAUUGCCACCGAAUAAUUUGUCUGGGGUUUUGGAUCUGUCUUGACUGUUUUCCUCGUAUGUCAACAUAGAAUUAUUUCAUACUCGAGUGAUAUUGAUACUGAAUCGUAGAACUGGAAGAAACAUCGGAUAGGGGCGCCGUGGAUAGCAUGGCCAUGACUGGGGGGACAGCCCAGACCCUCCCCAUGAGCAACCACACGCGCGAGAGGGUGACUGUGGCGAAGCUGACCCUGGAGAACUUCUAUAGCACUCUGCUCACCCAGCAUGAGGAGCGUGAGAUGAGGCAAAAGAAACUGGAGAAGGUUAUGGACGAAGAAGGCUUGCAGGAUGAAGAGAAGAUAAUGAGGCGAUCACAGCACGCCCGGAAGGAGACAGAGUUUCUGCGACUGAAGAGAACCCGCCUGGGACUGGAUGACUUUGAGUCCUUGAAGGUCAUUGGGAGGGGAGCCUUUGGAGAGGUGCGUUUGGUACAGAAGAAGGACACUGGUCACAUCUAUGCAAUGAAGAUCCUGAGGAAAGCUGACAUGCUGGAGAAGGAGCAGGUGGCCCAUAUCCGUGCAGAGCGGGACAUCCUAGUGGAGGCAGACGGGGCCUGGGUAGUGAAGAUGUUCUACAGUUUCCAGGACAAGAGGAACCUUUACCUCAUCAUGGAGUUCUUGCCUGGGGGUGACAUGAUGACACUCUUGAUGAAGAAGGACACCCUGUCAGAAGAGGCCACUCAGUUCUACAUUGCUGAGACUGUGCUCGCCAUUGACUCCAUCCACCAGCUGGGCUUCAUCCACAGAGACAUUAAACCUGACAACCUGCUGCUUGACGCGAGGGGUCAUGUGAAGCUCUCAGACUUUGGCCUGUGUACUGGACUCAAGAAAGCCCAUAGGACAGAGUUCUACAGGAACCUCACUCAUAACCCACCCAGUGACUUCUCCUUCCAGAACAUGAACUCCAAAAGAAAAGCAGAGACUUGGAAGAAGAACCGCAGGCAGCUAGCAUACUCAACUGUGGGCACUCCAGAUUACAUUGCUCCAGAAGUAUUUAUGCAGACAGGGUACAACAAGCUAUGCGAUUGGUGGUCCUUAGGUGUCAUCAUGUAUGAGAUGUUAAUAGGAUAUCCUCCCUUUUGCUCUGAGACACCCCAGGAGACCUACAGGAAGGUGAUGAACUGGAAGGAAACACUGGUCUUCCCCCUCGAGGUGCCUAUCUCAGAGAAGGCAAAAGACCUGAUCCUGAGGUACUGCAACGAUGCGGAGAAUCGGAUUGGUGCCGUGAGCGUGGAGGAGAUCAAGAGUCACCCUUUCUUUGAGUCAGUGGACUGGGAACACAUCAGGGAGAGGCCAGCUGCCAUCUCCAUCGAAAUAAAAAGCAUCGAUGACACUUCUAAUUUCGACGAUUUCCCAGAGUCUGACAUUCUACAACCAGUGGGCAAUGUCACAGAACCAGACUACAAGUCCAAAGACUGGGUAUUCCUGAACUACACAUAUAAGAGAUUUGAAGGACUGACCCAGAGAGGCACUAUCCCCUCCUAUAUGAAGGCCGGCCAGGCAUGAGAGGGGUGGCGCUCGUGGACCUCUCCUGGUGGGAUGGGCCCAAGGGUGGCCAUGUGGACUACGGACUCCAGGUGUAGUUGGGGGGGGGGGGAGCUGGACCUUUACUCUGAUGAGAGGUCCAGAGAACCAGGAUACAGACUCACUUCCUUUGGGGUGCGGAUUUGGCGGCAGUGGCACAAAUCCCAUGUCGUUCGAAGAUAUGAGUGGGCGCUGACCCUUGAGGGUCUGUCUUGCCCUGAUGUGCUGCCACCGAAAGACCCCCCCCAAGAGGGUAUGACCGGAAACCCAUCGCUGCUGAGGGACUCCUGCUAUUGGUUGAUUUCCCACCCUGCACAAAAAACCCUCUCACCUCAUAUUUUUGUCUUUAGCUCUAGAACUAUUAAGGUACGGAAGGAUGCCGGGAGGUUAUAAUAUAUUUGUGCGUAGUUCACACACUGAUUCACUGAGAUGUGCAGUCUUCAACACUGAAUUCACAGCACUAACAUGUAUACUUUGGGCUUUGCCCUCAUUUUCAGAGUUGUAGUUUUUAUGAAUGACUAUUAUUUGGUUUAUUUAAGCACCCGUUAAAUAAGAAAAAAAGCGAUUGUGUCCAGGACUGAGAAGAGACUAGCCAAAUCACGUACACAGAAGGAACAUCAGAUCAGGAGUUUUCCAGAGGGCAUGCAUAGUGGUGCACCCUUGCCACACAGGCUGCAUGUCCACAGACUGGCCCAGAUUCAGUUCAACCACAGUGCUCUUUGUCUUUGCAUUGAGCGAUGGCUUUAAACCAAUUUUACCUCUUCUGUUCUCCCUACACAUCAUUUUUUGUUAAUUUUAUAGACUAUCCAAUGUGGUCUGGUAUAAGAAAGAAUGAAAUGACUAAUACUUUAUUAAAUUUCUACCUACAAGUUGAAGACAAAGUGCACUGCAGUACAAUUCAAUCUGGGCUUUUCACCUCUUUCAAUCUAAUGUACAAAAAUGAUACAUUUUUGUGAUAGGUUGAACCUUAGAAGUAAUCUCACCUGUAUAUGUGUAUGUAGGAUUUCAGGUUGGGAUUGAUAUUAAUCAACUAGCUAUUACCUAAUUUAUCAGCACCUUACCCAAAAAUAUCAUGCAAGAAAUAUGCAAGUAAUAUUCUCAAAUAAUUGUUAUAACUUAAGGAAAGGGUUGUAGACAGUUUUUCAUGGUUGUGUGAAUCAUAUGUACCUUACCACACAUACACUGAUAACCUGACAAAAUAUGUUGGCCAAUAACCUUUACAGAUGCAGGGGACUUCUAGCCACCACAAAGACACAUGCUCUGGCAUAAAGUUGAUUCAUACUUUGCUUCAUCCAUCAUAUUUGAAAGUAAUGGAGAACAUUAUAAAUAUCUAAAGAACUUAUGAAUUGAAGCAAAACGGUGUCACUAAAACCCAUAAUAAAGGGAAAUGAAAUAAAUUUAAUGUUUCUGUAGAUCAUUGCAGUAGCUCAUCCUCUAUUGCUUGAAUAUAGUGAUACUAAACUUGUAUAUGCAACAUAAUGGCUGAAAAGACCAAGAGUUUCAAAGAAUGUGUAAAAUAUUAAGUAUAUAAAUCAUUUAACAGUGACACAUGCUCCAUCACUCUACUCCCCUCAAAGUGCAUUGGCUGAAAAGUAGUGUUAUUUCCUGGCUUGCAGAAAAUGACUAGAAGACAAUAAUUUUAAAAAAGCAGGGUUCUAUUAACUUUGUUCUAGAGACUUGGUUCUUCAGGGUAUAUUGGGUGUAUUGUUUAACUGUAUAUACCUCUUAUGUUUAGUGAUCAUUUUGACUGUUCAUUGUUAUGAGUUUGCAUGUCCCUUUCUGAGGUCAACACUGCCCAUGAACAAUGUCCUGCUGUCUGAUAAUGUUUAAGGGAUUAACUCCCCACAAAAACUGUAGCAAAGGAAAGUUUUUUUU